UCAGGAAAUGACAACCAUCAUCACCACCCUCAUCACCGAGGCAGAGCGAAAGAGCAGCAGAGAGCCCAGGCCCGUGAAAAGUCCGAGCACGCAACGGGCAACGUCACAGAAGGCCGAGGCUGCCCAUUCGCAGAGAGAUGAAAAACGGGAAAAGGCCUUAAAGAUUACGACAGUCGACGGGCCGGGGGGCGAGUUCCAAGGGCGAAAGGUCUCUGUGUGGGAUCUGCUCUUCUCCAAAUACGUCCUUGAAGAGAAAAGACAAGAGCUUCUGAAGAAGUACAAAGCAGGGACGCUAACCAUUCAAGAAAUGAUAACCAUCCUCACCACCAGUGUUACCGAGGCCGAAGGGAAAAGCAGAAAACUCCCCACAACUAGGAAAACCCCCAGCAAAGAGACGAGGCCGCUAUCUGAGAAAGACAAAGAUGCCCCCUCCCGUGAAGAGCAACAAACGGAAAAGGUCUUAAAGUCUACCCUGGUGGAGGUGCCGGCGGGUGAGUUCCAUGGGCGAAAAGUCUCUGUGUGGGAUUUGCUCUUCUCCAAAUACAUCCCCAAAGAGAAGAGGAAGGAGCUCCUGGAGCUGCACAGAGCUGGGAUAUUAACCACGGAACAAAUGAAAACCAUCGUCACCACCAUCGUAAGCAAAACAGAGGAGAAAAGUCACCAUCUACCAGGACAUGGGGAAAGUCCCAGUGCGGAGACGACAACAUCAGAGGAAGCUGAGACUACUGGCUCAUUGUGUUACAAACAUUUGGAAAAUGCUUUGCGGUCGGAGACUGUCGACGUUCCUGUCGGGGAAUUCAAAUGGCAGGAGGUUUCCCUGUGGGAGCUUCUCUUCUCUAGCUACAUCUCUGAAACCAAAAGACAGGAGCUUCUGAAUAAGUACAGAGCAGGGACGCUAAUCAUUCAAGAUAUGAUAACCAUCCUCACCACCAGCGUUACCGAGGCUGAAGGGAAAAGCAGAAAACUCCCCACAACUAGGAAAACCCCCAGCAAAGAGACGAGGACACCUUCUGAGAAAGACAAAGAUGCUCCCUCCUGUGAAGAGCAACAAACGGAAAAGGUCUUAAAGUCUACCCUGGUGGAGGUGCCGGCGGGCGAGUUCCACGGGCGAAAAGUCUCUGUGUGGGAUUUGCUCUUCUCCAAAUACAUCCCCGAAGAGAAGAGGAAGGAGCUCCUGGAGCUGCACAGAGCUGGGAUAUUAACCACAGACCAAAUGAAAACCAUCGUCACCACCAUCGUAAGCAAAACAGAGGAGAAAAGUCACCAUCUACCAGGACAAGGGGAAAGUCCCAGUGCAGAGACAACAACAUCAGAGGAUGCUGAGACUCCUGGCUCAUUGUGCGACAAACAUUUGGAAAACACUUUGCGGUCGGAGACUGUCGACAUUCCUGUUGGGGAAUUCAAAUGGCAGGAGGUUUCCCUGUGGGAGCUUCUCUUCUCUAGCUACAUCUCUGAAACCAAAAGACAGGAGCUUCUGAAUAAGUACAGAGCAGGGACGCUAACCAUUCAAGAUAUGCUAACCAUCCUCACCACCAGCGUUACUGAGGCCGAAGGGAAAAGCAGAAAACUCCCCACAACUAGGAAAACCCCCAGCAAAGAGACGAGGACAGCUUCUGAGAAAGACAAAGAUGCCCCCUCCUGUGAAGAGCAACAAACAGAAAAGGUCUUAAAGUCUACCCUGGUGGAGGUGCCGGCGGGCGAGUUCCACGGGCGAAAAGUCUCUGUGUGGGAUUUGCUCUUUUCCAAAUACAUCCCUGAAGAGAAGAGGAAGGAGCUCCUGGAGUUGCACAGAGCUGGGAUAUUAACCACGGACCAAAUGAAAACCAUCGUCACCACCAUCGUAAGCAAAACAGAGGAGAAAAGUCACCAUCUACCAGGACAUGGGGAAAGUCCCAGUGCAGAGACAACAUCAGAGGAAGCUGAGACUCCCGGCUCAUUGUGCGACAAACAUUUGGAAAACGCUUUGCGGUCGGAGACUGUCGAUGUUCCUGUCGGGGAAUUAAAAUGGCAGGAGGUUUCCCUGUGGGAGCUUCUCUUCUCUAGCUACAUCUCUGAAACCAAAAGACAGGAGCUUCUGAAUAAGUACAAAGCAGGGACGCUAACCAUUCAAGAUAUGAUAACCAUCCUCACCACCAGCGUUACUGAGGUGGAAACGGGGAGCAGGAAUCUAUGUACAAACACAGAAGAUCCCAGUAAAGUGGGGGUAACAUCAGACAAGGCUGAGGAUGCCCAUUCACAAGAGAAACACUUGAGAAAGUCCUUAAAGCGUGUGACCAUCCAUGUAAAUGCUGGUGAGUUCCAAGGGCAAAAUGUCUCCUUGUUAGAUCUUCUCUUCUCUAAACACAUCCCUCAAGAGAAGAGGCAGGAGCUCCUGGCGUUGUAUAGAACAAGGGUUUUAACCAUUGAUCAGAUGAUACCCAUCAUCACUAGCAUCAUAACAACCACAGAAGCUACAAGUAGGAAAUUCAUGACAAGUGUCAAAAGUCCAAACAGAGAGGAGAUAACUUCGCAGGAAGCUGUAGCUGCCCAUUCUCUACAAGAUACACAACUGGACAACAUCUUAAAAGCUACAACCAUAGAUGGACCUGGCAGUGAGUUCCAAGGGCGAAAGGUCUCGGUGUGGGACCUGCUCUUCUCUAGCUACAUCCCUGAAGAGAAGAGACAGGAGCUCCUGGAGCUGUACAGAGCUGGGAUAUUAACCACGGACCAGGUGAUAACCGUGGUCACCACCCUCAUUAAGAAAAAAGAAGCUACAAGCAGGAAAUUUGUGAUUAAUGUGAAAACUCCCAGCAAAGACACGAUGACCGUAGAGAAAGCUGAGGACGUUGACUUACAUGAAGAUAAAAAACUGGAAAAGGCCUUAAAGUCUACCCUGGUGGAGAUGCCGGGGGGCGAGUUCCAUGAGCAAAAGGUCUCGGUGUGGGACCUGCUCUUCUCUAACUACAUCCCCGAAGAGAAGAGACAGGAGCUCCUGGAGCUGUACAGAGCUGGGAUAUUAACCAUGGACCAGGUGAUAACUGUCGUCACCACCAUUGUAACCAAAAUAGGAGCAACAAGGAGAAAACUAGCAACAAAUGUGCACAGUCCAAGUGCAGAGAGGGCCCCAUUGCAGGAAGCUGAUGCUGCCUAUUCCGAGAGAAAUGAAAAUCAGGAAAUGGUCUUAAAGUCCACGACAGUCGACGGGCCAUGUGGCGAGUUCCAAGGGCCAAAGGUCUCUGUGUGGGAUCUGCUCUUCUCCAAAUAUGUCCCUAAGGAAACAAGACAAGAGCUUCUAGAGAAACACAGAACAGGGACGCUCACCACUGAGAAAAUGAUAACCAGCCUCACCACCAGCAUCUCACACGCUCUGGAGGAGGGUCUCUCUCCAGAUAACCAACAAAUACUGAAUCUCCUACAGUCUGACUCCUAUGUGACAGUUGGCCAGUUCCAGGACCAAAGGGUUUCUGUCUGGGAACUUCUCUCCUCUAAAUGUGUCUCCCAGUACAAUCGAGAGGUGCACUUGGAUACAUACAAUGCAGGGAGGUUAGCUGUUAAUGAGAUUACAAUCACCACCACCGUCAUUACAGGAUCAGAGGGUAAGAAAGGGGCUGCCAGGAACAGUGAACAGCACUAGCCAGGAGGUGGCAUAAGCCCGGGGCUGCCCCCUCCCAGAAGGACACAGGAUGGACACCUGCAAAGAGCUUAGCGGGCUCUUCCCAUCUUAUACCGCUAGCAGCAGGGAAUAAGAGAGCAGGAAGUCUUAACCCAGCAAAGAAGUGUGCAGAGAAUGGGAGUCAGCAUCCUGUCCUGGUCCCCACGGGUGGUUACCGUACUGAACAUUACAGUCUGUAGUUUAACAGGGCAGCACAGGGGUUCCACUCUUCUUGUUUACUAAACAUAUCUACAGCUCCAGCUCUUCGCCUGGACCCUUACAGACACCCCCAUGUUGUAAGAUGCUACCGGUGUGGUGCUUCUGCUUUCUCCUGUUGAUAUCACUCGGCUGCGUG